AUGCAGCGGCCGACCGAUGCUGCCGCUCAACGAGCCUUGUUUAUCAAGAACCUCAACUUCAACAUCACCGGCGCAGACAUAUACGACCUCUUCGGCAAGUACGGUCCUAUUCGUCAAGUCCGCCUCGGUACAGACUCCACCCUCAAGACAAAGGGGACGGCGUAUGUGGUGUAUGAGAGUCCGGACGAUGCGCGGGAGGCAAUGACGCAUUUGAAUGGAUUUCACUUAAUGGAGCGGUAUAUCGUCGUCCUCUUCCACCACCCAUCCAAACAACAGGCAUCCGCAAUGGCCAAGUCCGAGAUCCGCGCCAGGGAGAUUGCGCUCGCAGCGGAGAAGCAGCGCUUGGGUAUCAGGGAGGACCCAUAG